AUGCCAUAUGCGGUUCUCGGUGCGACAGGAAACUGCGGCACUGCCUUGAUCCAGAACCUCCUCAAGUCCAGCACCAGCAAGGUCCACGCGUACUGCCGUGACAAGCGCAAGCUGCUGUACCUGCUGCCUCAUCUCGCAGACAACAAGCAAGUCGACAUCUUUGAGGGCAGCAUCCACGAUCUGCCACUCAUUACGGCGUGCGUCCGCAACUGCCAUGCCGUCUUCCUGGUGAUCUCGACCAACGACAACGUGCCCCAGUGUCGCAUGGCCCUGGAUACAGCCACUGCAGUCAUCCAGGCCCUGCGCAUCCUACAAGGCGAAGGGGCCUCCAUGCCCAAACUGAUCCUUCUCUCCUCGGCGACACUUGACGACCAGCUCUCCCAGAAUACCGCUCCCUGGGUCAGAUGGAUCCUCCUCAAAUCUGCUUCGCAAGUCUACCAGGAUUUGAGCCUCGCCGAGGCGUUUCUGCGCAGGCAGCAAGACUGGGUCUCAACCAUCUUUAUCAAGCCCGGUGGGCUCUCGGUGGACGUGCAGCGGGGGCACAGGCUGAGUUUUACCGAAGAGAAGAGUCCGCUGUCCUAUCUGGACCUGGCAGCAGCCAUGAUUGAAGCAGCGGAUGACCCGGAUGGACGAUAUGACAUGCGAAACGUGGGUGUCGCAUACGCAGAUGGGCCAGCCAAGUUUCCCAGGGGAGCGCCGAUGUGCAUCUUCAUGGGACUGGUGAGACACUUCUUGCCUUUUCUUCAUCCCUACCUACCAGCCACGGGACCGAACCAGGCAUUCUGUGCUGACCGUCGGACCGUCAGUUAG